CGGUACAGUUUACGUGACCCGGAAAUAGCUCUCUGCGCGGCAGUUGGGGUAAUGAAGUGGCUACCAUGGCGAAGCUAGAACCACACACUAUGUUGAUCGAGAAGCUUUUUGCCAGCGGUUUGACACACGCCGAAAUUUCAAGCUCAUUGCAGCAGAUGGGUAUCAAGGAAUGCUCUAAGAUGAGCGUCAGAAGAUUCUGUGCUCUCCAUGGUCUGAGGAGAAAAGGGUCUGUUUCAGACGCAGAGCUAGAUAGCGCUCUGAUCCAAUCUGUAUAUGAGACGGGACCAUCAUAUGGCAGGAAGUUCAUGACCGGCUAUCUGUCUUCACUGGGGCUGCAUGCGGGAGAGGGUCGGGUUGGAAAACACCUAAGACAGCUCCAUCAGCCAUACCAUGAACUCCGACGUCAGGGUGCUCGUAAUUUAAAUCCUACUCCGUACCAUGCUGAAUAUAUGGGCCAUAAACUUCAUUUAGACCAAAAUGAAAAGCUUGGGAUGUUUGGAGUUACCCAUGUGUUGGCUGUUGAUGGCUACAGCAGCAGAAUUGUUGCACAUUCAACCAUGCCCAUCAAAAAUAACCUUGUGAUUUACGAGGAUGUAUACAGAUCAGCGGUCGUGAACCAUGGAAUGUGGGAUCAAGUUCGGGUUGAUCAUGGCAAGGAGUUCUACCUGUGUCUUUACAUGCAGGAGAGGCUGUCAAGAUACAGACACAACCUCAGCAGGCCACCAUACCUCCAAACCACAUCAACAAGGAACCUUCGUGUGGAGAGGUUAUGGCCAGAGGUGAACAAUCGUGUGAACUACCCACUUAAACGGGCUCUGGUGCACCUGCUGGACCAAGAGGUUUUGAACAUGGAGGAUAACCUCACUAGGUUCUGCAUGUCAAAUCUGACAUGUCAAGUAAGCCAAAUUGGACUUAACAGAGUUGUUCGUUCAUGGAACGCACACAAGAUACCAGGUCGUGGAAUACCCAAUGAACUAGCAGCAGAUGGCUGCCUGGCUAAAGUAUCCGAGGAGCUGCUGCCAUGUGCUUCUGUUGUGGGAAACCUAUAUGAGCAAGACUUGGGAUCCUCACUAACUUGGGAGUCUGUAUUUGGAGCUGAUCCAUUUUCAUGUGAAGAAGACAGAUGCCAUGCUGAGCAGAUCUUUGCAGAGAACUACCCUGACAUCUCUCUCAUUUUUAAUCAUGUGGUAAACAAUGAUGAUACUCCUUUCCAAGAUGCCUUAAUCUGCUUAAUGAAUGUGACAGCGAGAUAUGUCUGAAAAAAUUAAAUGUUUUAGUUGUGUUUUCACA